AUGCUUCGACCAACCCUCCUCCCCUCCCGCCUCCUCCGGCAACAACCAACCCUCACGCCCCUCCUCAGACAGUUCCUUUCCACAGCUCCCAACCAACCCCAAAAACCCUCCCCAUCCCCACCACAAUCCCUCCCAAGACAAAGCCAAAAGACAUACUUCCCCUUCGCCCUCGGCCGCUCCCGCACAAACAACUACUCCGUCUACCAGGACGCCAAGCGCGGCGGCAAUUUCAAGCUCACAAUCAUCAAAAAGAUCGAGGGGAACAGGAUAGCCUUCAAGCAGGAGCUUGCCAAGGCGCUGAAUCUGUCGCCAAACGACAUCAAAGUCAACAGUUUGACGGGGCAUGUGGAAGUUCGGGGGCACCAUAGGUCAGAGAUUGUUGCUUUCCUGGAGGAGAGGGGGUUGUAA